AUGUGCCGACGACCUCUUCCGCCGUCCCACCAUGAAUUUCACACGUCAAACCAAAGUUAGAGUCUUCGGGAAAGUGGGGGAAAAGAAUCGCUAUCCUAUCUAGCAAGAUUUGCAGGUGGCGGAUUGUUGGUGGAUAUGAUGAAAAGAGCCACGCAGACCAAGCAGUUUGCGGAGUUGGAUCACGCGAUGAGAACGAAAGUAGAGCCGUUUCUGUACAACAAGGGAAAAGGUAAAUGGAUACCAGUGGACAAAUUGGUUCUUCUACGAAAUAAAGAUCGUCCGCGGCAUAAAAUGCUGCCGCCUUUAAAAGCUAUGGAAAAUCCAGCUGAUUACGAUAUCGAUAAAGACAUGGGCGACGAGGAAGUUGACGAAGCUAAGAUAGAUAAAAGCAAAUAUAGAUUGGUAUGUUGGAAUUUAAGCGACAGAGGUGCUGUCGGCGAAACCAUUUUGCAUUUAUGCAUGUUGCACGCGACCGCCAUUCAUGCUGAUUUGGCAAAACGAUUGUUACGUUUCUAUCCGAAGCUUAUAAACGAUAUUUAUCUAAGCGACGAGUACUAUGGAGAGAAUGUCUUGCACAUCGCUAUCGUAAACGAGGAUCCAUCGAUGGUUAAGUUCCUUCUCGAUAGUGGAGCAGACGAUCCGCGUAUUAUCCACGAAAGGUGCUUCGGCAACUUCAUGAGCCCAGAAGAUCAGAAGACGUCGAGGUUUGACAAUAUGGACCACGAAUGGGUGUGUGUCUCACCAGAAACCAAUUAUAACGGUUAUGUGUACUGGGGAGAAUAUCCGCUAAGCUUCGCCGCUUGUCUCGGUCAGGAAGAGUGCUACAGGCUUAUAUUAGCCAGAGGUGCGGAUCCUGAUAAGCAGGAUACGAAUGGCAAUACCGUUAUGCAUAUGCUGGUGAUAUACGAGAAAUUGGCCACGUUCGACAUGGCUUAUGAAGUAGGGGCUUCUCUUGGCAUAAGAAACGUUCAACAUCUGACUCCGUUGACUUUGGCUGCAAAGUUGGCCAGGAUUGAGAUGUUCUUUCACAUCAUGAACAUCGAAAGAGAGAUAUACUGGCAAAUCGGCAGCAUAACUUGCGCAGCCUACCCUUUAUCGCAAAUAGAUACGAUCGACGUUAAUACGGGGACAAUCAACAAUAAUUCUGCCUUGAAUCUAGUUGUUUUUGGUGAUAAAGAUGAACAUUUAGAGUUAAUGGACGGUGUGCUAGUCGAUCUUUUAAACGCCAAGUGGAACACCUUCGUCAAAUCCCGAUUCUACAAUCAAUUCUUUCUCUUCUGUUUCUACUUCGUAUUGUCGCUAAUUAGCUUAACCCUUCGACCUGGCCCAUCGACCAUAGAAACAGACGAAAAUGCAAACGAUACGUCGACGAGGACGAAUUCCUCCAAUAUAACGGAGCCUAUAAUUCUCAAGACUCUCCAAAGCUCGGAUCUAUCAGAAUUGGUUACGAAUAGCCUCGUGGCGGCUUUUACCUCGAAUUUAAAAUCAUCCUUAAAUAUGACGCAGGAAUCGCUGGAGAAGAUCCAGCUGCAAGUAACGUCAAACAUCACGUCAGCCCUGAAGAGCAUUUUGCUCUUGACGCUGAACGCAAACGAGGGCAUUCUGAGUCCUCCUGACGAGGCCGCCAUUCAUACGCUGUGGUAUACCGAUAGCCCUCCAAACGCGUCGGACUAUUUCAUGGAUACUUACAACAAAACCGACGUGAAUUCAACUGUCAAGGCGAUCAUCGACGGCGUCGCGCGACCAAAAUUUAAUCGCGACUAUUGGUGGGGUGAUUUCUCGGAGGAGUGCAGAUUGAUGCAGCUAUCAGAAAUGAGUGCAAAGAUUCGUCUAACUGCGGAAAUUUUUAUGUUCAUCGCAGCGGUGCUCUACAUCUUGGCUGCGUUGCGGGAGGCGAGAUUCUUAGGUCUUCAUAUGUUCAUCGAAAAUCUCAUGACAGUACCGUCACGCGUGAUGUUCCUGAUCUCGUGCUGCAUCCUAAUGUGGUUCCCGGUUCUGCGAUUUACCUGCUCCGACGAGGUCGAGGAUAUGCUAGCGGUCGUGGUGAUGCUGACGACGGCACCGUACUUUCUAUUCUUCUGCCGAGGUUUCAAGACGGUUGGACCAUUCGUCGUGAUGAUUUACAGGAUGAUCAUGGGCGACCUCAUCAGAUUCGUCUCCAUCUACCUCGUCUUCGUCAUGGGAUUCUCUCAAGCAUAUUACAUCAUAUUCCUGUCAUUCGACAAUCCGAACACUCCAGAGGGCAUCGACGACUCUAUCACGAAUCCGAUGCCAUCGCCGAUGGAAAGUGUUAUGGCGAUGUUCCUGAUGAGCAUGACAAAUUUCGGUGAUUACUAUGGUGCAUUCGACAGAACCGAGCAUGAAUUCGAGGCCAAGCUGCUGUUUGUAUUGUACAUGGCGAUCGUGGCAAUCUUGCUCGUUAACAUGUUGAUCGCUAUGAUGGGCAACACUUACCAGAAGAUCGCCGAAACCAGGAACGAAUGGCAACGGCAAGUACGUCGUCAAUACGUUUCGUGCCGCGUGUACCAUUCUGCCUUAUAA